AUGGCGGACCGAUAUUCAUUCUCCCUGACAACCUUCUCCCCCAGCGGAAAGCUGGUGCAAAUCGAAUAUGCGUUGAACGCCGUUAACCAGGGUGUCACAGCCCUGGGCAUCAAAGAAAUCCUCCUCCCCCUCAUCGACCCGCCCUCCCUCUCCAAGAUCUCCCUGAUCACCCCAGACAUCGGGAUGGUGUACGCCGGCAUGGGCCCCGACUACCGAGUCCUCGUCGACAAGGCGCGCAAGGUCUCGCACACGGGUUACAAGCGGGUGUAUAACGAGUACCCGCCCACACGUAUACUGGUGCAGGAUGUGGCGCGAGUCGUACAGGAGGCGACGCAGUCCGGAGGUGUGCGGCCGUACGGAGUCAGUCUGCUCGUUGCGGGCUGGGACGAGGGCGUCGAGCCCGAAGUUGAGUCCGACGACAAGGAGAAGCCAUCCGGCAAGACGGGCGGUAUCUUGAAGGGCGGCCCGAGUCUGUACCAGGUCGAUCCUAGCGGCAGCUAUUAUCCGUGGAAGGCGACUGCCAUUGGCAAACACGCGACCAGUGCUAAGACCUUCUUGGAGAAGCGCUACACUGAGGGUCUGGAGCUGGAAGAUGCGAUUCACAUUGCGCUUUUGACGCUGAAGGAGACCAUUGAGGGAGAGAUGAAUGGGGACACAAUAGAGAUUGGUAUUGUUGGUCCACCGGCAGAUCACUUGCUGGGCUACGAGGGAGUGGAGGGUGCGCAAGGCCCGCGGUUCCGAAAGUUGACCAAGGAGCAAAUCGAGGACUACCUGACCAAUCUAUGA